AUGGUUAAUCAGUCUGGUGUGCGCCAGGUCAACUUCAAAGAACUGAUCCAAGAAGGCAAGCUUGAAUCCUUUUUCAGAGAUACCAUUGCCAACAAGCCCAAAGAGAACUCAAUGACCAUUAUUGAAGUCUUCCUGGAGCGAGCCAAACCAACCAAUGCCAAUAUGGUCUUUGAUAUUUGUUUGGAGAUGAACAUAUUCAAGGACAAUGUAUUCAUUCUGAACAGGUUCUUGCAGUAUUAUGUCGAUCUGUACAAGAGCACACGUGAGCAGCGCGCAGUUGAUAAGAUCACAAUGAUUUGGGACAAGCUCUACAAGUCCAGGGGCUUGUUCACACCCAACGUUUUAACGUACAACUCAAUGUUGGAAUACUAUGUCAUGGCCAAGGACAAGCAUGGCGCCAUCUCCACCUACGCAAUGAUGUUGGAGAACAAAGUCUUCUUCUCCAAUCGCACGAACCAGCACAUCAUUGACAUGAAACUGCUUAUUGGCCAGCCGCUCGAAGCGAUCAAGAUACUGGAAAAGGUGCGUCCUGAUUCAUUCAGCUUCUGCACGCCACAGCUCGAGGGAAUCUGUAGCGCGCUGCUCCCCACGCAUGUAGAACACCAUGAUGCCCUGUGCAAGGUCCUCGAGGUAUUCACUCCAAUGGCCCCCGACUUUGCAGAGUCGGCGAUCAUCAGCCAGGUCUACGAGGCGGUGCACGCCACAAACUUUAACAACUUCCAGCGCAUCCUCGAGCAUCUCAAGUCCCAGAACACUCUAAAGUCGGCCAUUGCCUGGAACAAUGUGCUGCGAGCACUGAUGAAGCGCAAGGACAUGAUGACCGUCAGCACUAACGCAAAGCACAUGAUCUUGGACGAGAUGUCCUAUGCAAUGUACAUCAACUACUACAGCAAUGAAAAACUGGACGACAUGGUCAACGUCUGGAUCGAUGCCAACAAGUCCUCGGCAAAGUCGAUGCCCUACCUCGUCCUGAUUCUGCGCUACUACAGUCAGAAGGGAUUCGUACAGGGCAUCAAUCAGAUCGCCGGACUGAUCUCGCGUAACGGUGACCCAGCCGACAUUGCCCGCGCAUUCCUUUUCCUGGCCGCCGAGGAUGGCAAGCCGAUCGCCGAGGUCGAAACCGAGCACAGGUAUGGAUCGCAAGACGUCAACACCGACAAGAAGGUGCCAACACCGCGUCAGGCAAUCCUGAGGAUUGUGAGACGAGACAGUACACGCCGCUAUGGUGUUUUGCUUGGACACCUCAUCCAGCACUAUCUGGUCCACGACAAUUAUGAAGCGGCGAUCAAGCUGAAUGAGUUGCGUGACAUUCACUGCAAGAUGGACCCCAACAACUUCCUUGUCCUAUCGUUCAUCUCCUAUCAUCAGAUCCACAAGCAGGACGACUUGGUUGAGUAUUGGCGCAACCUUGGCAAGAAGCUCGGACUGGAUUUCAGGCAGGAUGAAUCAUUCGUUUCAUACUUUAACAAGUACAAGGAGAUCACUGCCAACAACAACUUUGACCGAUUCUACAACUACCUUGAUCUCAAUCGCACACCAACUGGUUAUCCCGAUAAGCCAACAAUUGAGGCGACCCCAAUCAAUCAAAGACAGCAAGUCGAGACCAAAUAA